AUGGAAGAGCCCGAGGCCGGGAACAAACGCUUCUUCGUCGCCAACGACCACUUUUCGAACCGUGAUAUCAUCGGCAUAAUUCGCAAAAGAUCUGCCAAAUACCGCGUCAGUCUGCCAUCGAAACAUUUGCCAGGUGGUGAAUUGCCAGAAGACGUGUUUUCUAUCAACACCCAACGUUCGGUGAACAUCUUAGGAAUGGAAUGUAGGACUUUGGAGGACUGUAUUGCCGACACUGUCGAAUCUUUCGCGGCGGUAGAGUCGCGAGACACCUAG